CAGAUUUAAAAGUGUUGCAAUCCUUGAGAUUCUAAGUUUCACAUAUUUUUUACAGUUCCAUUAUUGGCUAGUAUACAACUGUGAUUGUACCACAUUAAAUGUGUAGGCAGAGAAGGUAGAAGGUUUAACUAGCACAAUGAUAUAUGCAAUAACUUUAUUUGUGUGUUGCAUAGUUUUUGCUAAUGCGGGACCAGUAGAUGACCCUAAGCCAGUUCUAUUUGAUGAAGACAUGAAUACAAGUGAUCCACCAGAAGCUGUAUUAUUCAAUGGGGAGACAACACCAUUGACACCAACUCUACAUGAUGAUGAGACAAAAUGUUACUAUAAACUUUUCAGGGAAAAGGUAGAGAAUGAUGACUGUCUGAAAUACGAGACUUUUCCGGAUGGUUGGAGAGGUGAAUAUAUGGGAAACAAAAAGCAGGCCCAUACGAACCAACUACGGAGGAUUAUUGAGAAACAAUCACAAAACAUUGAGAUUCUACUGAACAAAUCAUCAAAUAAUGACGUAAUGGGAAAAGGUAAUGACAUACGGUCUCUCGUCAAACUACAGACACAGCUAGCUAAUCUUAUCUUUGAAGCCAAGAACCAAACAAGUAUACAUAGUCUGAAAAAAGAGAUGCGUGAAACAGCCCAAGCACUUUCAGUUGAAAUUAAAAACCUAGAACUCGAUUUUGAAAAUAAGAUUGAAAAGAUGUAUGAAUCUGUCAAGGCUGUUGAUGACACCUUCCAGAGAGACAUGACAACCAUUCAAGAAAACUUUAAUGCCAUCAUUGAACAGAAUGAAAAUGAUAACAAAGACAAGAUAAACAUGUUAAAUACACAAGUUAUGUCUGGAUGGGCUGACAGGGAAGAAUUAAGAAACCAGACAUAUCAGACUUUAUCUGAUCUCCUUGAGUUCAAGAGACAAAUAAAUGGACUACAAGAGAAACUGAACAACCAAGGCAGCCUCACUCAAGAUAACCGUAAGUUGAUUAAAUCAUUACAGCAACGUACUAACCAAAUAGAAACAAUUAUACAGGCAGAGGGGGAACAGUUAAAAGAAAGAUUAAUGAAUGUUGAAGAUACCAAUGAAAAACAACAGGAUCUUAUUGAACAAUUAAUCCAGCAAAAACAUGAAGAUGACACGAGAGAUGAACAGCAAACUGCAAGGAUGGAUAAUCUUGAACACAGGCUGAUGGGGGAAGUCGCAUCAGCGAAAGAUCAAAGUGCAAAAAGUGAACAUGUUUUAAUGCUAGAGAGAAAGUUGAAUGCCAAAGAUAAUGAGUUGGUUCAAAUGAAACGAGACUUGGAUGCAAUCAGAGGUAUUCUGGCCAACAUUGGUCAACCAUUGAUCAGACAGCCAACAUAUAUUAACUGUCAAGAUGCCCUCCAGUAUUACGAAUCUAUUAGUGGUAUUUAUUCAUUGCGCCCAGACACAAGAGCUCCCUUCCCAGCAUACUGUGACAUGGAGGGCUCUGACGGUUGGGUAGUCAUACAGAGGAGGCAAGAUGGGAAUGUUGAUUUCUAUCGGAACUGGGAAGACUACAAAAAUGGAUUUGGCGAUCUACUUGCAGACCAUUAUCUUGGGAAUAAGCAUAUUCACAUCCUCACCAAUGUGUACGACAGUAAACUGAAAAUUGAGUUGUACGACUGGGAAGACAACAUGAGAUAUGCAGAGUAUGACUCAUUCAAAAUAGGAUCAGAGGAUGAAAACUACAAGUUACACGCGAGUGGGUACCAUGGUAACGCUGGUGAUGCAUUGAGUUAUCAUAAUGAAAUGGAAUUCAGCACUAGGGACAGACGCAAUGACCUCAAUGAUGGGUUGUGUGUUGAAUGGGGCCAUGGGGCCUGGUGGUAUAACAACUGCUAUAAUAGUAACCUCAAUGGCAGGUACUAUUACGGAGGGCCCUACUCAACAAACAGCUUUUGGGGAGAUGGAGUGGUGUGGAGAAAUAUACGAGACACAAACUUUUACUCUCUGAAAAAAGUGGUUAUGAAAAUUAAACAGAAAUAAACAGUGAGAGUGGAAGGAACUACUAAUUGUAUGUAAUUAUGAAUUAUGAGUUCAUUAAUUGUGAAAAAUCAAUAGACUAUGUGAAAAAUCAAUCAACUUUUUGUGAAAAAUCAAUCGACUAUGUGAAAAAUCAAUCAACUUUUUGUGAAAAAUCAAUCGACU